GCUACCAGCUGUGCGCUACUUUAAAAAUCACUGUAACUGAAGGGAGCGGUUAUAAAGAACUCUACGUCAGAGGGUUCAUUUCUGGGAGAUACCAUCAUGUGAGCAUCUGCAGAGCUUCAGACUUGUACGAGCUUUACCCCGGUUUGCAAUUACCGCCUUAUUCAUAAAUGAAAGCGCUGUCAUUGUAAAUCAGGGCGGUGUUUGUUUUCAGGGCAGGUUGAGAUAAGGGCGAGGAGAUCCGCGCAGCCUUCACGCAAUAAGGCUCCGUGAGGGGGCCGGCGUGACUCGGGUUACGCCGCUUCGUGAACCUGCUCUCCCGCCGACUCCUUUUAAUCUUAAAGCAUUUCAUUCGGAAGCAGCAAUAUCUUAUUCCCUUUGUCUCAGCGAAGCUCUCGCCACGUAUGGCAUGCAGUUGCCCCGACAUGAGAACAAUGGGAUCUUGUCCCGCUGUCCAUCGCUGCCCUUUGUCUGCUGUUGGCUGUGCUUCUCAAAGCCCCCACAUCUGGCACAGCUGGGUUUAUUCCGCCAAGUCCAGUUUGAAUGUUCUUUCCCCGUUCUCAGUCCGUGCACUGGAGAGCUCUUCCUCCCCUCUGCAGGUGAACUUCCUGGCCUGUCAGCUCUUUGCCCUCGCGGCGGCCUUCUGGUUCCGUCUGUACCUGAGCCCCCGGCGCACGAACCCCGCGAUCCGACAUGCCGUCGCCACCCUCCUGGGUGUCGCGUUUGUUGUGUUCUGCUUUGGCUGGUAUUCAGUACACAUUUUCAUCCUGGUUUUUUCUUCCUACUUGAUCAUGAUCCAAGCCACCACUAACUUGCACAGGUAUUCUAUGAUCAUGGCAAUGGGUUACCUCACCAUUUGCCAGGCCAGUCGAGCGAUUAUAUUCAGCUACGGAAUUCUGUCCACAGACUUCUCCGGGCCGUUAAUGAUAAUAACGCAGAAGAUCACCACACUGGGCUUCCAGGUGCACGACGGGAUGUACCGCAAGUCCGAGGAGCUCACAGCAGAGCAGAGGCGAGUUGCUGUGCACUCAAAGCCAUCCCUGAUAGAGUAUCUCAGCUACCAGCUGAGCUUCCUCACCAUCCUGGUGGGACCCUGCAGCAACUACAAGGACUACAUGGAGUUCAUCGAGGGGCACCACGUUCGCAGAAGACUGGCACAAGCAAACUGCAAGAAGAGCGUCGAGGACAACGGCCUGGAGCCUUCCCCUAAGAGGGCUGUCGUUCAUAAAUUAUUUGUUUCCAUCGUCUGCUUAGUCCUGUUCCUGACUCUCACCAAAACCUUCCCCAUCGCAUACAACACGGACGUCCACUUCGUCAGCGAAGCUCCCUUCCUCUACAGACUCAUAUAUGCCUUCUUUUCAGUACAAGCUGCGAGACCCAAGUUCUACUUUGCCUGGACAUUCGCUGACGCCAUCAACAACGCAGCAGGUUAUGGCUUCAGUGGCUUCGAUGAGAACGGGAAGGCUUCUUGGGACCUCAUUUCCAACCUAAACAUCUUGGGGAUCGAGACGGCGACAAGUUUCAAAACGUUCAUCGACAACUGGAAUAUUCAGACUGGCGUUUGGCUGAAGUGUGUGUGUUAUGACCGCGCACCCUGCUACCGCACUGCCCUCACCUUCAUACUGUCCGCCCUGUGGCACGGCGUCUACCCUGGGUACUACUUCACCUUCAUCACCGGCAUCCCCAUCACCAUGGCGGCUCGCAUUGUGCGGCGGAACUUCCGGCCGUACUUCGUGUCCUCGCCCGUGCUCAAGUUUGGCUACGACGUGACGACCUGGGCCGCCACUCAGCUGUCCAUCACCUACACCGUGAUGCCGUUCCUGGUGCUGGCAGUGGAGCCCACCGUGCGCUUCUACAGGUCGAUGUAUUUCCACAUCCACGUGAUCAGCAUCGCGAUCGUGAUCACAGCUGCGGCGGUGGGACGCGCGAAGCCUCGGCCGCGCCAGGAGCACCAUUCCAACAACAACGUGAAGGCAAAGUGACGGAGGGACGGUGCACCGCAGCCAAACAAGGGGCAUCUGUGUGUACAUAACAAAGAGCGUUCGGAGAGGUCGGCGCUCGCCUGCCGGAAGGCGCCCUGAGCGCGAGGAAUACUCAGAAUUUCUGGCCCGGGUGGCCUAGGGACGUCCGGAACUGCGGCCGGGAGGAGACUUGAACUCUGUGUUUACAAGACUGCUCCCAAGAUGCUGUUCUUGCACUCGGGCAUCUUGUUCAGUUCCAGAUGUGUGUGUGUCAACACCACUAUAGUAUUUUUGCACAUCCAGUUAUGUACCACGGUUGUUCCAAUCCCGCGGUAUCCCGAUGGGGGCGUUCAUACGGUGAGGAGUUGGGUCGGAAGCGCCAGUCGACCCUUUAUUUAUUUGGGAUGUUUUUUAGGCAAAAAGUUUGAUCCGGUUUGAUUUUAUCGGACUAACCCUGGACACAAGGGGUGCUGCGGUUUCAGAUGAGGUUGCAUCUUCAAAGACCUAUGAAAUUUGAGACGGCACUUCAUAUGGACUGGUUCUGCGCCCAGUAGAUCCUACAAGCCUUGCUCUGUACGGCAAGCUUUCUCGUGGCAGGAUGCACCGCUAAUGGGCGGGGAGUGAGAAAUAAACACGCGCGGCUCCUUAACACAAUCGGAGUCCCGUCUCAUCCAUCCGUGCUGACGCACACUCUGAAACAAGGCUCCGUUUUCAACACGGACGUGUGCGUGGCCUGCUGCGCAUAUAAAACGGACAGUGGUUACGAAGAGCAAACGGCGGUCCUGGAAUUAGCGGCACUAUUACAUAUUACAGCAGUCAGUGCAGUGAGGAUUUAUAACGCCGUUUAUUUCUCAGGCUGCUGCUGCCACUGGACACAA